UCACGGAAUACUGAAUACUGUGGUUUAGCCUUCUUGAGAGUAAACUCUACUCUUGGCAACAUUGCUAUCAGUAACAGCUGUGUUUCUUAAAAAUUGCGGGAAUGAAAUAUAAAACGUAAAAUGAAUAUACAUGUUUAUUGAUAUAAUAAAGCAAGUAGUAUAUUUUUUGGAUAGUAGUGUAUUUAUAAAUCUCUGUAACAUGGGUAUUUUGAAUCUAUCAAAGUUGCUUGCAGAUGUAGCACCUCAAGCUCUUAAAGAUACGGAACUCAAAACGUAUUUUGGUCGAAAAGUAGCCAUCGAUGCUUCUAUGUGUCUCUAUCAAUUUCUAAUCGCCGUUAGAACAGAAGGUGCUCAGCUAACUUCGGCAGAUGGUGAAACAACAUCUCAUUUACUAGGAACGUUUUAUCGAACUAUUAGAUUAAUUGAAAACGGUAUCAAGCCAGUCUAUGUUUUCGAUGGUAAACCACCUGAAAUGAAAUCGGGCGAGUUGAGUAAGAGACAGGAAAAACGCAAUGAAGCUCAAAAGGCUCUGGAUAAGGCUACUGAAGCUGGAGAUGCUGCUGAAAUGGAUAAAUUCAACCGAAGACUUGUUAAAGUUACUAAACAUCACUCUGAGGAAGCUAAACAAUUGCUGACACUAAUGGGGGUGCCAUACAUUGAUGCACCCUGUGAAGCUGAAGCACAAUGUGCAGCUAUGGUUAAAGCUGGCAAAGUAUAUGCUACAGCUACUGAAGAUAUGGAUGCUUUGACUUUUGGAUCAAAGGUAGUUUUACGUCAUCUAACCUUCAGUGAAGCUAGAAAGGUGCCUAUUCAAGAAAUUCACUUGGAUAAAGUACUUGACGGCCUCAAGUUAAACCAACACGAAUUCAUGGAUCUGUGUAUUUUAUUAGGAUGUGAUUACACAGACAGUAUUAAAGGAAUUGGUCCAAAGAGAGCUAUAGAACUUAUUCAGAAACAUAAAUCAAUUGAAGCUAUUCUGGAAGCUUUAAAUAAAGAUAAAUAUUCGCCACCAGAAAACUGGUGUUACAAAGAAGCAAGAGAAUUGUUCAAAAAUCCUGAAGUUAUGGAUCCUGAAACAAUUGAGCUGAAAUGGAGUGAUCCAGAUGAGGAAGGCAUGGUCAAAUAUCUCUGUGGUGAUAAAAAUUUUAAUGAAGAAAGGGUGAGAAAUGGCUGUAAAAAACUCAUGAAAGCUCGAACUGGAACUACUCAGGGAAGACUAGAUGGAUUUUUCACUCUUCUUUCUACAACUCCUGCCAAAAGAAAGGUGGAAGACAAGAAAAAUACACCAAAUAAAAGGGGGAAAAAUACGGGAAAAGGAAAAGGGAGAGGAAAGUGAAACAUAUUUGAUUCACUAUUUAUAAAAAUCAGGCUCAUUUUUAAUUUUUUUUUCAAUAAAAUCUUACAUAUCUUUACUUUUAUA